AUGUCGCAUUCAAAAGACCAGGAGCAGAUUGUGACGAGAAUCUUGUCAUAUAAGCCCCAUCAAUUCUACGAGAUCCUCUCGGUCACGAAGACCUCGUCUGAUGGAGAAAUCAAGAAGUCUUAUAGAAAACUAGCUAUCAAGCUUCAUCCAGAUAAGAACCCUCAUCCUCGAGCUGCUGAGGCUUUUAAGCAUGUCAACAAAGCGUGGGAAGUGCUCAGUGACCCUAGCAAGAGAAGGAUAUUCGAUCAAACAGGCACGGACCCUGAUCUGAGAGGAGCAGCUGGUUUCUCCUCUUCCUCAGCUUACGGCGGGUCUCCAUUUGGUGGCGCUUCAGGUUUCUCUGGGUUCUCUCAACAAGGAUUUGGAGAUGAGUUCCAAGACGAUAUCUUCAACAUGUUCUUUGGUGGGGGUAUGCCUCAAGGCAGAGGAGGUCCACAGACUUUCUCGUUUGGCAACAACGGCUUCACAUUCAGCACAUUUGGCGGUGGCCAGGACUUCUUCACUAAUGCAAGGGCCCAGCAAAGAAGACAACAAAGAAGAAGACACGAGGAGCAACAGCGCAGACAGCCCACUGGCUGGGACACAAUUCUCCAAAUUCUCCCCUUGGCAGUCAUUAUCAUUGCAAUGCUUUUUUCCACAUUUCUUCAAGAUGACACGCCAGACUACUCGUUUAAGAAGACAUCUAGAUUCAACGUGCAGAGGGCCACGCCGAAGCACAACAUUCCUUUUUACGUGAAGCCAGGAUUCACAGAUAAUCUCAACGACAGGAAACUCCAAAACUUCGAUAAUAAGGUCGAGGCCCUGUACGUCAGAGAUACACAGAACAACUGUGCCAGAGAGCAGAUCAAGAGAAACGACAUGAUGGAAGAUGCGCAAGGAUGGUUCUUCACCGACCAGCGUAGGCUCGAGCGGGCCCAAAACAUGCCCAUGCCCAGCUGCCAGCGGUUGAGGGAUCUUGGGCUUUUGUGA